AUACUGUACCAUGUUUCCACGGUGGUCCUGAGAGUCCACUUGCAAACAAAAUUCAAUCAGGGCUGGCAAUGGCCAGCCAGACACCAAGCAGCCAGGCGGAGAAUGCUGGGCCGCUAGAUCGCCUGAAGCUGGGUUUCAAGGGCUUCACCAAAGGUUUCUCAACACCUGUGGUGGACCAAGAGGCACCACCAGCUGAGAUAGAAGAACAGUCAGGCCCAUCAACAAACAUGUUCAGUUCCUGGGCGGAAAAGGCCCGCAAGGCGUUCAAUGAGGUGACAUAUGAUCCAGUUCCCAAGGAGGAGACGCCGGAGGCCAUUCCUGAUGAAGAAAAGGGUGAGGGUGCCUGGGCAAACUUCUCCAAGGCUGCAAGCCGCUUAUCCAAGUCAGUGGCCUCAGCAGCAGAAGAGGCGAAACAGAACCUCGAAAAGGCAGCAGAAAAGGCCAAAAGCGCAGACCUAGCCCAGCAAGUACAGGACUUUCAGAGCGGGGUCGCCAAGGGCCUGGGUGCUGCAGCGGACAGGGCCAGCCAGGCACGGGAGGUCUUUGCAGAACGUGGCAAGGCGGCCAGUGCCAUUGCCAAGGACCUGGGCAGCAAAGCCGCGAACAAGGCCACCGAGGCGAAAAGCCACGCGGCCAGCAAGGCCAAGGAGGCCAAGGACAAGGCGGCGAGUGUGGCAGGUGCGGCCAAGGACAAACUCGCACAGGCGGGUGAAGGAUUGAAAGGCCUGGGAAACUUGGCUCUGUCGCCGGCAAAGCUGGCACAGUUUGCGGGCACUUUUUUAGCUGGUGUUUUCCUCAUCUCUCUUUCCUUGAACUUUUUGCCGGUGAUGGUCAUCGCCCCACAGAAAUUUGCCCUGCUCUUCGCUUUUGGCUCCAUGACGAUGUUGGGGUCCUUUGCCCUGCUAAAGGGGCCGAAGGCCUUUUUGUCGGGCAUGGCAAGGAAGGAGCAACUGCCCUUCUCUGUUGCAUACGGCGUCGGUCUGGUGGGUACCUUAGUGGCAACCAUCAUCCUGCGCAGCUUUUUGCUCACGGGCAUUUGUGGACUCCUUCAGGCAGUGGGUCUUUUAUACUUUGUGGCCUCCUAUGUGCCAGGCGGCAAGGCUUGUGUGAACUUUGUUGGCAGAAUGUGCAGUAAGGCCACAACAGCCUUGUUGUGCAGACCCUGAGGCGUCAGACUGACAUGCAGACACAUGCCUAGUCCGUGCUUUCACGACUUGUCAAUUUAGACUGCCAGAGGAUCUUGGUUGUGCCAAGAGAGAUGUCUUCAGAGUCUUGAGUACAGACUGCAGAUUGAAACUUCCAGCCCCUUCGCUUUUUCACUGUAGCCGGACUUGUCCUUGUCGC